AUUUAUAACCAUAACCGAAUUGAAUCGUAUCAUAUUUUUCUCUUGCAAACAAAAAAUCAGUUAAUUAAGGUAAUAAUGGGAAAUUACAUAUCAUCAUGCAGCUUCGUGCCUCCUUUGGCGAAGAACGCCGGCAAGGUAACCACGGUGAUCUUCCCCGCCGGCGAAGUGAAGCAGUUUAGGGAUAUCGUGAAGGCGGCGGAGCUCAUGAUGGACCACCCUAACUUCUUCCUGACCAAUUCUCGCUCUCUCCACGUCAACCGCAGGUUCUCCGCUCUCUCUGCCGAUCACGAUCUGGAUUUGGGGAACCUCUACAUCUUCUUUCCCAUGAGGAGGCUUAAUUCUAUCGUCACCCCGGCUGACGUCGCCGCUCUCUUCCUCGCCGCCAACUCUCCCGCCAGGCGCAUAUCCGCCGCACCAACUGCGCGCGUCCAGCCAGCAGUUCCAAGACUGAGUUUGGAAGGGGUGGAUCUAUUGUCGUCGUCAGGGUUGAGUUACAGUAGGUCGAGGAAGCCUGUGUUGGAGACUAUAACUGAAGAACCCGCCAUUAAUGGAGCUAAAAGCAUUUGGACACACCUCACAUUCAGACACAGGACUCUCAUCCUACAAAGAAAAUAAAAAUUCAAAAUUAGGUUAUUACUUAUUACUUAUUAGAUAGGGAUACAUUCUUUAUUCAUUACUACGCUUAUCAACUACUAAUUGAAAAUCUGUACAAAAUUUCAUUAUUUCCAGAAUAAAUGCAAUUUUGCAAGUCA